UGAAAUAGAGCAAACAUAAUUCCCAUCUCCCCCUCCUACACCGUACUCCUUCCCAUUUUGAAAUACAACCCUCCUCCUCCACGGCUCGACUGCUAACCCCAGGUUCCUCGCUACUGAACUGGCAUUAGUUGCUCCAAAUUGCGUUAACAUUCUUCGUUUGUGAGUUGAGAGGAAAGAACCAUGAAUGCCCCAGAUCGUUAUGAGCGCUUUGUGGUUCCUGAAGGCACAAAGAAGGUUUCCUAUGAAAGGGACACAAAGAUCAUAAAUGCAGCUUCCUUCACUAUAGAAAGAGAAGAUCAUACUAUUGGAAACAUCGUUCGCAUGCAGCUGCAUAGGGAUGGGAAUGUUCUGUUUGCUGGUUACAAGCUUCCUCACCCUCUUCAGUACAAAAUUAUUGUUCGGGUUCACACAAGUAGCCAGUCUUCACCAAUGCAGGCUUAUAAUCUAGCCAUCAAUGAUCUGGACAAAGAACUUGAUCAUCUGAAGGCUGCAUUUGAGGCGGAGGUUGCAAGGGUUUCUGGGGAGUACUAAUUGGGUUGAUGGCAUAUAAGCUAUCUUAUUUUGGUAUGUUACUUUGAUGUUAACUGCAAGAAAUUGGUGUUUUUCUUUUAUCAAUUUGCCCUAUGUAGGAUGUAAGUCAGAAAGUGGUAUUGUUUUGGUGUCAAUAGUGAAUGCCUUUAUGUGCAAAAAGUUUAAAACUUGUAACUUUUCCUUUUGAUCUAUUGAUGCCAAUAUGUGCUUUAAA